AUGACUUUGGCGCUUUCUGUGUCUUUGCUUAGUGGGCACAGUGCGUCGGUGAAUCUGGAGAAGCACUGCUCCGUGGAAGACCUGAGAAAGGUUGCGGAGGCAAAGCUGGAGACUCAUUUGGGUGUACUCGUAGCCCAAGGAGAGUCUCGAGCAUUACAUGACUCGAGUACGCUGCACGGCGAAGGUCUUCGAAGUGGAGACCUUGUGUGCGCUUUGGCGAGAAAGCCCUCCAUCAACAUCUUCUCCGGUCGGCAAGCUCAUUCCUUCGCGGCGGUUCGUGAGAACGGAACUGUGUUGACUUGGGGAGAGGAGGAAAGUGGUGGUGACAGCAGUUGUGUACAGAGCCAGCUGGUAGAUGUGAGAGAGGUGCAUGUGUCCGUCAGGGCCUGCGCGGCCAUUCGAAAAGACGGAGGUGUGGUCACCUGGGGUUGUGAGGAUCUUGGAGGCGACAGCAGCGACGUCGAGGACGAACUCUUCGAUGUCAAGCUUAUUAGCAGCACCGCCGGUGCAUUUGCUGCUUGCAGAGGCGAUGGCUCUGUCGUGACGUGGGGCGAUGAGGACUGGGGCGGCGACUGCUCGGAUGUCCGCGAUAAGCUCACAAAGGUUGUGCAGCUCUGUGGGUCGGGCGCCGCAUUUGCAGCCAUUUCUGCCGAUGGCUCGGUGGUCACCUGGGGAUCGGCUCGACAUGGUGGUGACAGCAGUGCCGUCGCGAAAAAGUUGACAGAAGUUGUUCAGAUCCAGGCGACUUCAGCAGCCUUCGCUGCCGUCCGUCGAGACGGCACUGUCAUAGUUUGGGGUGAUCCCGACAUGGGGGCAGACGGAAGUUUGGCUGAAACGCUCAGUCAUGUCCAGCGCAUCGAAGCAACGGCUGGGGCCUUCGCUGCAAUCCAUGAUGACGGACAUGUCACAGCAUGGGGGCUGAAGGAACUGGGAGGAGAUGCAGCUGCGACACAAGAGCAGCUGCUGCAAGUGCGCAGUGUGCGUGCAAACGGCGGGGCUUUCGCAGCCAUUAGGGCGAAUGGCACGGUCGCGACAUGGGGCGAUUCUGAGUACGGUGGCAACAGCAGCUGCGUCCGAGACAACCUCGUGGACGUGGUCGAGGUGGCUGCCACAGAGAGUGCCUUCGCUGCGCUCAAGGUUGAUGGUACAGUCGUGACCUGGGGUCAUCCAGAAUAUGGCGGUGACAGCUCGCGGGUUCAGGAGAGGCUGAUGAUGGUGCAGCAGGUGGUGGCGUCCGGUGGGGCCUUUGCAGCCUUGACUGGCUUUGAUUCGUUGGUGACCUGGGGCCAUGAAGACUGUGGAAACAUGGACAACGGCGAGUUGGAGCAUCAGCUCCUGGAGUCUUCGAAAGACCUGCAAGGCAAGUGGGCAUGGCAUGCCCUUUUUUAUUCUUGUGGCUACAUAGGUGGUGCGGAGUUUCUGCGAGGGACGAGCACUCUGCAAGACGCUGGUAUUCAGGAUGGCGAUGUUGUGGGAGCAUUUAUGGCAAAGCACAAGCUUCAGCUACACGCAAACCGACUGUCGCAUGCUAUCUGCGCCAUUCAGAAGGUGAAGAUGACAGCACGAGCCUGUGCAGCGCUUCGGCGUGAUGGCACCGUGGUCAGUUGGGGCUGCGAAGAUCUGGGUGGUGAUAGCGAUGCAGUCCAGGAGGAGCUACAGAACGUUCAGAAAGUCUUCAGCACUGCUGGAGCCUUCGCUGCUAUCCGUGCGGAUGGUGCCGUCGUCACUUGGGGCGACGAGGACUGGGGUGGCGACUGCACAGAGGUGCACGAGGAUCUGAAGGAUGUCAUCCACAUCUGUGGCUCUGGUGCUGCUUUUGCUGCCCUCACGGCUCAUGGCUCCGUGAUCACCUGGGGCUCGGCCUGUCACGGGGGCGACAGCCGAAGUGUCUCAGCGCAGCUUCAAGACGUGCAGAGCAUCUGUGCCACCUCAGCAGCUUUCGCGGCCAUUACAGGCAGUGGUGAUGUUGUCGUCUGGGGGGAUCCGCUGUUCGGUGGCGAUGCCAGCAAAGUCGCAGCAGAGUUGGUUGGAGUUCGAAGCCUGCAGGCGACUGCCGGUGCCUUUGCUGCCGUCAAGUCCGACGGUAGCGUGGUGUGCUGGGGUUUGCCGGAACUUGGUGGAUCUGCAACGGAUCUUACCAGUCGGAUUCAGCAUGCUAAAGCAAUCAUCCCUUCGGGCAGUGCAUUCGCAGCUAUCACGAAAGAAGGCGAAGUUAUCUGCUGGGGAGAUCCAGAACGCGGCGGUGACAUCACCGCAGUUCGCGAGCAGCUCCUGAACGUGGAGGAGGUCGCAGCCACCGAAAACGCCUUUGCCGCCAUCAAGGAGGACGGAACCGUCGUCAGCUGGGGGCAAAGCGAUGCAGGGGGUGACAGUGGCGAUGUGCAAGAACGCCUCUUGAUGGUCAAGCAGAUUGUUGGCUCCACGGGCGCUUUUGCUGCUUUGACAGCCGCGGGACAGCUAGUGACAUGGGGUCACGAGAGCUUCGGUGGCGACAGCAGCCAAGUCCAAGCCGAGCUUGGUGGCUGA